GCCUAAGUAUAGCUAAGCAUUGCAAUAUUACUAAGUAUAGCAAGACAUGGCAACGAAAUGGCUAACCCUAAUGCUAACAAUGAUGGUCAUAUUUGAAGGGGAUUUGAUUAUGGCCAAUCUUAUGGAGGUGAAAUGUAUAAAACAUUGCAUGAAAAAUUGCAAAAGAGUUGGCAUACCCUCUGCUGCUUGCCUCAAAUUCUGCCCACUUCACUGCAUCCCACCACCUAUGCUAUCAUCUGAAGUCAGCCAUUGCAAUGCCCGAUGCAUUCUUGAACAUUGUCUUGACUACAAGAAUGAAGAAGAGAAACUGGAAGGUUGUGCAUCCAAAUGCUUGAACAAUUUUGAUCACUGUUAAGUGUGUUUUUCAUCACAGUAGUUAUUACUUCUAUAAUGACAAUUAUACUGCCUCUUUCCAUAUUACUUCUAGGAUCUUCUGUGUCUGUUUAUUUCUCUUUUAGUAUAUUUUUAAUGCAGAAUGUACACAAUAAAUGGUAGGGCCAUGAUAUGUAUAAGGGGGAAAAGUACUUAAUAAAAUAACUAGUUUUCUUUA